AUGGCAACCAGACACCACCACACGACCAGCGGCGGCAUUGGCAACCGCCGGGCGGCCCGCAACGCGGCGUUUCAGGAGAAGAUGCGGCAGAUGCGGCUGCCUCUCGCCCCGCUCGUGCAGAUGUCGACGGGCACCGUCCACCCGGCCUUCCCCGCGACGCUGCUCAACUUCUGGCUCCUCACCGAGGGCCAGCUUGACGACCUCGCCCGCUUCUACCACCAGCGCAGCCCCUCGCCUUGGUCCGGGCAGUAUCCCUGUCCCAUCACCUGGCAGUCGGGCCUCAGCCUCGAGGAGAAGCGGAGGAAGAUUGGAAAGUUCAUCGGUCUCAGGGGCUGCGACACGCCUAUCCGGAUACGCAUCAAGACCGAGGAGCAGAUCAUGGAGGAGGCGCGACAGGCAAGGCUUGCCGAGGACGAUGAGGCUUUGCGGAGAAAGAUGCCUUGGUACUCAUGA